CCCCUGUUGUCGCAAAAUGGAGCUACCACCAAUCACAUACUUCUUCCCCGAUGCGCCAUGCUCAAGCACAAGCCCAACCUCAACAUCAAGCUCCAACUUAAACCACGCCAUUCCGCCUCAAAGCAGCAGCGUGGAAAGCAGUGCCAGGAGCUCAAGCACAAGCUCCAGCAAAAGCGCAAGCGCAGACGCAGGCACAAGCGCACCUUCCCCCUAAACCACCCGCUUACCCUCUCCGAACUCGAGCAACUCCUCCGCCACAUCCCCAAAAAAGUACCCAAGGAAAAGCUCGAAAUCCACUACGCCGCCAACAUCCCGCUGCACGACCCGGACAGCCAGAUCCGCGACUUCAACACGUACACGAUCCAGCAGCAGCUCGAGAAGGAAACCGAAGUCCGCCGCGCCUUCGCGGAAACGCAUGCCAGAAUGCAAGCAGGCGACGAAGCCGUGCCCAUCGAGAACCCCUACAAGGAGAACGGGUACUGGGUCCUGUACAGCUCCGAGUACUUCACGCGCUAUCUCGUGCGCGACAUCGACGUGCUGGAUUUCGAGCGCUGCGGCGGGGACGGCAUGCUGUGCUUUCACCGGGAGAAGAGGGUGUGCGUGGGCCAGAUUCCGCGGCGCAAGGAGGAGAAGUGGGGGACGGUUAGUGGCGCGAAGGAGCUUGAUGGCUGGUUUGGGCGGCGUCUGGUGGCCCUGAAGACGGCGCAAAGAGAGCCUAUUGUUUUGGAGACGGGAGCCCCGGUGGGAGAGGUCAGGGUGUGGUUUGCGGCGGGCGGGUAUCUGAAACUGCAGGCGGAUCUGAGUCAGGGGGCGGGGAGGCCUGUGGUGGUUACGUGGUGGGAGAUUCAGCAGACAGAGAGGCGGAAGGCGGCGGAUUUGGCGGCUUGGAGGGAGAGGACGGAGGCCGAGGAGUAG